AUGUCCGCUAUUACUCCAAUUACAGGUACUUUAAGAAAGAGAGCUGUUCUAGAUAUAUUAGUAGGGUUCACAAUAGGUGGUGCUAUGGCCUCUUAUUGGUGGUGGGGUUUCCAUAUGAAUAUUAUCAACAAAAGAGAAGCUUUUUAUGCUGAACUUGCAGAAAAGAAGAGACAAGAAGAUGUUUAG